AUGUUUUUGAAGGUGGGCAGAGGGAAAAAAAAAGUCCCCCCAGUGAGGGUCUAUGGGUCUGAUUGUGUAGUUCUGAUGGAGCCCCCUUUGAGCAAGAGGAACCCGCCAGCGCUGAGAUUAGCGGAUUUGGCAACGGCUCAGGCCAGGCCGCUUCAGAAUAUGACAGGCUUCCCGGCGCUGGCCAGCCCGCCCGCCCACUCCCAACGCCGCGCCACAGCCACGCACCUCCGCCCUCGGGACCUGAGCUCUGACCCCGGCGUGGCCAUCACUCCGCUCGGACCCGAGCACAUGGCCCAGGCGAGCGCGCUCGGCCUCAGCCCUCCCUCAAAGGCGCUCCCGGCACAUCCCGAGGCGCCGGCGGCCGCCGCCCGCGCUGCAGCCUCGGUCGCGCACCCCGGCGCCAGCACCUACCCCGGUGGCGGGGGCAGCGGCCGCGCGCAGCCCUCCGCGCCCCCGCCCCCAGCCCCUCCUCUUCCUCCCUCCCCUUCACCCCCUCCUCCUCCCCCUCCCCCUCCUCCUGCCCUCUCGGGCUACACCGCCACCGACAGUGGCGGCGGCGGCAGCAGCGGCAAAGGCCACAGCAGGGACUUCGUCCUCCGGAGGGACCUUUCCGCCACGGCCCCCGCGGCGGCCAUGCACGGGGUCCCUCUUGGAGGGGAGCAGCGGUCUGGCACAGGCUCCCCCCAGCACUCGGCCCCGCCUCCUCACUCGGCUGGCAUGUUCAUCUCGGCCAGCGGCACCUACGCGGGCCCGGACGGUAGCGGCGGCGGGGGCCCGGCGCUCUUCCCCGCGCUGCACGACGCUCCGGGAGCCCCCGGCGGCCACCCGCACCCGCUCAACGGCCAGAUGCGCUUGGGGCUGGCGGCGGCCGCGGCAGCCGCGGCGGCUGAGCUGUACGGACGUACCGAGCCGCCCUUCGCGCCGCGCUCCGGGGAUGCGCACUACGGGGCGGUGGCGGCCGCUGCAGCCGCAGCCCUGCACGGCUACGGAGCCGUGAACUUAAACCUGAACCUGGCGGCGGCUGCUGCUGCCGCGGCAGCCGGACCGGGGCCCCACCUGCAGCACCACGCGCCGCCCCCGGCGCCGCCGCCGCCGGCGCCCGCGCAGCACCCGCACCAGCACCACCCCCACCUCCCAGGGGCGGCCGGGGCCUUCCUGCGCUACAUGCGGCAGCCAAUCAAGCAGGAGCUCAUCUGCAAGUGGAUCGACCCCGAGGAGCUGGCCGGGCCGCCACCGCCACCGCCACCGCCCCCGGCCGGCGGCGCCAAGCCCUGCUCCAAAACUUUCGGCACCAUGCACGAGCUGGUGAACCACGUCACGGUGGAGCACGUGGGCGGCCCAGAGCAAAGCAACCACGUCUGCUUCUGGGAGGACUGUCCGCGCGAGGGCAAGCCCUUCAAGGCCAAAUACAAGCUCAUCAACCACAUCCGCGUGCACACGGGCGAGAAGCCCUUUCCCUGCCCGUUCCCGGGCUGCGGCAAGGUCUUCGCGCGCUCGGAAAACCUCAAGAUCCACAAGCGCACUCAUACAGGGGAAAAGCCUUUCAAAUGUGAAUUUGAUGGCUGUGACAGGAAAUUUGCCAACAGCAGCGAUCGGAAGAAACAUUCCCAUGUCCACACGAGCGACAAGCCUUACUACUGCAAGAUCCGAGGCUGUGACAAGUCCUACACUCACCCCAGCUCUCUGAGGAAGCACAUGAAGAUUCACUGCAAGUCCCCACCACCUUCUCCAGGAGCCCUUGGUUACUCCUCAGUGGGGACUCCAGUGGGUGCCCCCUUGUCCCCUGUGCUGGACCCAACCAGGAGUCGUUCUAGCACUCUGUCUCCUCAGGUGACCAACCUCAAUGAGUGGUAUGUUUGCCAGGCCAGUGGAGCCCCCAGCCACCUUCACACACCUUCCAGCAACGGAACCACUUCGGAGUCUGAAGACGAAGAGAUGUAUGGGAACUCUGAAGUCCCGCGGACGAUACCUUAGAAUUUACUAGUAAUAAUAAUAAGUAAUAAGUGGGAGUCCUUGGACCAUAUCCUAACCUGAGACAAUGCCGAGCCUGAGACAAACCCUUGACUCAGACUUGCCACCGGGUCUAAUUAGCCCUAUUUAUUCAGUAUGAAACCCUAUGGUGUUUGUACAUUUAAUUAAUUUAAUUAAGAUAUUUGGGCUUUUUUUUUUUCCCCUUAGAAAACAAACAAACAAACAAACAAAACCCAACCAAGCUGGACUUGUAGGUUACAGGGGAACAGGGCUAGGAGCAAAAUGUACCAAGGGUUAAUGGAGAUACACACUGCUGACUCAAUAUGUGUAUAUUUGGAAAUGAGCAAGAAAAAGCAUUAAGUCGGAACUCAACACAGCACCAAGGCCCUCUGCAUUUCCUGGAGUGCCUCAAGAUUGCCUUUAACACCAUAACGAGGGCUUCUCUGGAGCCUCUUUGCCUCCUCCUUGGGCCCUAUUUCUGAAAAGGCCUCUUGAUUGUAAACCACACACUUGCUGCAUUGCCAACAGAUCUUAGACUGUACCUGUGUCCAAAAAUAUUUGUAAAAAAAUCCUUUGAGUUCUAAUAGUUGUGAUUUUAACUUUCCACUCUUUUAUUACUGCUCUCAUCUUAACACAGUAUUUUUAUACAGGAUUAUCUCUUCAGUACCCUGCUUGUAGGAUUUAAAAAGAAAAAAGAUGCAGCAACCUUAUUACGUCUCCGCGUAUUGUGCUACUGUGAUUGUUCCCGCAAAAGUGGGGACAAGAACACGCUGCUGCAACAGUCAACUGUGAAGCUGUGAUAUUUUAUAAAAUAGAAGAAAUUUAAGUGCUUUCUUUUUUCUCUACGGUUUUUUUUUUUUAAUCUGAAAUCGCAGAUGCUGCCUUUUUACUGUGUCCAAACUCCUUGUGUCAUAAAAAGAUAAGUUUUAGAGAAGUUUUUUGGGAUGCCAAAAUUAACAGGCAAGUCUAAGGAGGUGUGAUGUUGGCAACAUGCCUACUUUUUUGGGAAAGCUGUUGUUUUUAAGACAGGCCAACCCCUCUUUUAUACUGUUGUAUCAGCCUUUUAAAAAGUCUUUAUUUUUCAAUGCCCGCAACUGCAUUUUCAUGCAUUUUUUCCCACCUGAGCACUAAGCACACUGAAUUCUAUCCCAUUUGAAAACAGUGUGCGAAGUGUAUGAUUUACAUGAAAAGAGGGGAGGGAGUGGCUAUACAUAUUAAAAUUUUUAAAAGGUUUCUAGUUACCACCAAACACUGAUGAAUGUGUGACCUUUGCCAGAGCUGUCAAGCUAGGAUAAAAAAGGUCAAGGACCUAGGACAAUAACUCUUAGUCAAUUUAUUUUCACUUCAUGCAACACAUCUUGUGCAAAAUAUAGUCCAUCAUAAACAUCAUACAAAUAUACUAAAGAGCACUAAUUUAUCCUCAGAGACCCUGAAGACACCCCCUCCCCAGGGUUUGUAGAAAUUUGUUUUGUGUGCUGUGAGUGGUUGAUGUAGUCUUGUCAUUGUUAAUAACUUGUAUGUGAACACUAUUAUUUGUACAGUUGAAUUAAUUUAUUUUCAGACAUCAUCCUUUGUUUUCCUGGAAGAGUUCAAAGCACACCAAAGAAUUAUAUUAUACAUUUUGGUGAAAGAUUGUCGUUUAUGAUCCACGAUUUAUUUAAAAAAAAAAAAAAAGGAAAGAAAAUGGGGGAAUAUAUUUUUAAGCUUACUUGAAUGAACAACGUAAUGUGAAAACCAGGACUCUUCCUGCAUGUUUUUUUUGCAUUGUGUUGAUGAGAUUAUAUAUAGUUUAUAGAUAUAUUCUAUUACUAGUACAGUGCAUGGUGCUGUCACUUUGAAAGCCUUUCAAUGUUGUCUUCAGAUUGUUACAGUGAAUAUGAAACAUGCAGACCCUCCUUUAUAAAGAAAAAGACCAUAAAACUUGAAUAUAAAAUAAUUC